ACAGACAUCUAGUGUGCCCGUUAAGUUUGUCAGUGUGAACCUCCUGACAUUUUCUGUCUGUUUAUUUUAUUUCAUAUUCAUUUGUGUAUUUUUGUUGAUUUGAAUUGAACACCGCCUACAGAACACAUUUCAGUGUAACCAAAGAACACAAAUAUGAAGCUAACCGUUGAUGGACUCGAAGUCCACUUUCCAUACGAAUACAUCUACCCCGAACAAUAUGAAUACAUGAUUGAACUUAAAAAAGCCUUGGAUGCCAAAGGACAUUGUCUUCUCGAAAUGCCUUCAGGAACUGGCAAAACUGCAACUUUACUUUCAUUAAUUGUAGCCUAUAUGAUUGCCAAUCCAAAUAAUGUCCGUAAGUUAAUCUAUUGUUCACGUACAGUUCCAGAAAUCGAAAAAGUCGUCGCCGAAUUGAAAAGCUUAUUACAUUAUUACGCUAAACAUUCUCAUUCACCGCCAAAAAUUACUGGCUUAGUUUUGAGUUCGCGGAAGAAUAUGUGCAUCCAUCCGGAUGUUAGUAAACAAUAUGAAGGCAAAUCUGUUGAUGCCAUGUGUUUUGGUUUAACUGCAAGUUAUAUUCGGGAAAAAGCUGAAUUAGAUGAAAAUGUACAAACUUGUCAAUAUUAUGAAGGUUUUAAUUUAGAAGGUAAAGAGUCAACUUUGCCUGAAGGAGUUUAUAGUCUUGAUGAUUUAAAAGAGUAUGGAAGGGCAAGGAACUGGUGUCCUUACUUCACGGCUCGAUAUGCUAUUGCAUAUGCCACAAUUGUUGUUUACAGUUAUCAUUACUUACUUGAUCCCAAAAUUGCUGAAGUCGUUUCGAAAGAACUUCAAAAAGAAUCUGUUAUUGUUUUUGAUGAAGCACACAACAUUGACAAUGUCUGCAUUGAUUCAAUGAGUGUGAAAAUAAAUCGAAGAAUUGUCGAACGAAGUACGAAUGCAAUCAACAAUUUGCAAAAAAUUGUUCGAGAUAUUAAAGAAGAAGAUACAAACCGUUUAAAUUAUGAAUAUCAAAAAAUGGUUCAAGGUUUAAAGGAAGCCAGCGAAAAACAAGACACAGAUAUGGUGUUGGCAAAUCCACUUUUGCCAGCCGAUGUCUUGAAAGAGGUUGUUCCAGGAAAUAUUCGUAAUGCUGACCAUUUUAUCAAUUUCCUUCGACGAUUUGUUGAAUAUAUAAAAACUCGUCUUCGAGUUCAUAAUGUCGUUCAGGAAUCACCUGCAAACUUUCUUAAAGAUAUAUCAUCAAAAAUCUGUGCAGAUAGAAAACCUUUAAGAUUUUGUGCCGAACGACUGGCAAGUCUUUUAAGAACACUUGAAAUUACAGAUAUGACAGAAUAUGGUGGUCUUGUUGUGAUGACUCACUUUGCCACUUUAGUGUCGACUUAUACAAAAGGAUUUACAAUCAUCAUUGAACCUUUUGAUGAUAAAACUCCAACCGUUGCAAAUCCUAUUUUACAUUUUAGCUGUUUGGAUUCAUCAAUUGCGAUGGCUCCAAUAUUUUCACGAUUUCAAAGUGUUGUUAUUACUUCGGGUACACUAUCUCCAAUGGAUAUGUAUCCUAAAAUAUUGGAUUUUAAUCCUGUUGUUAUAAGUUCCUUUACAAUGACAUUGGCCAGACCAUGUUUAUUACCAGUGAUUGUAUCAAAAGGUAAUGAUCAAGUUGCGAUAUCAUCGAAAUUCGAAACACGUGAAGAUACAGCUGUAAUAAGAAACUAUGGACAACUUUUAGUUGAAACAGCAAAAAUCGUUCCUGAUGGUGUUGUUUGUUUUUUUACAUCAUAUUUGUAUUUAGAAUCGGUAGUAGCAUCUUGGUAUGAUCAAGGUAUUGUAGACACUCUAUUACGAUAUAAAUUACUCUUUAUCGAGACACAAGACAAUGCAGAAACAAGUUAUGCUCUGAUGAAUUAUAUAAAAGCUUGUGAUUGUGGACGUGGUGCAGUUCUGCUGGCAGUAACUCGAGGCAAAGUAUCGGAAGGUGUUGAUUUUGAUCAUCAAUAUGGAAGAGCUGUACUUAUGUUGGGUAUUCCUUAUGUAUAUACUCAAUCAAAGAUUUUAAAAGCUCGACUACAAUAUCUUAGAGAUAAUUUUCAAAUUAAUGAAAAUGAUUUUCUUACUUUUGAUGCUAUGCGACAUGCAGCUCAGUGUGUUGGGAGAGUACUUCGUGGCAAAACUGAUUAUGGUAUUAUGAUAUUUGCGGAUAAGCGUUUUUCACGACAAGAUAAACGUGGUCGAUUGCCGAAAUGGAUUCAAGAAUAUUUAGUGGAUAGUUAUUGUAAUUUGAGUACGGAAGAAGCGAUGCAUUUAGCUAGAAGAUGGUUGAGGCAAAUGGCACAACCAUUUACAAGGGAAGAUCAACUUGGUAUAUCUUUGUUAACAUUAGAGCAGUUGGAGAAUUAUGAAAGACAAAAAAUGGAAAAGAACAAAUCAGUAAUAAAUGAUUAAGUUAUUGAUUAAAGUUAUUGUGUUAUUUUUGUAAUAAAUCUACUAAGAGCUUCUGAGCAUAAGUUUUUCA